AUGUCUCCCACCGUUGGCUGCAACGGCGCGAAGGCGCCAGGCGCGCCGUUCAAGAUCUUCGUGGGAUACGAUCCCCGGGAGGCGGUGGCGUACGAUGUCUGCCGGCGCUCCAUUCUGAAGCGCGCGUCCAUCCCCGUCGAGGUGAUCCCCAUCAAGCAGCCGGAGCUGCGCGACGCGGGGCUCUUCUGGCGGGAGCGCGGCCCCACCGAGAGCACCGAGUUCUCCUUCACCCGAUUCCUCACCCCCUACCUCGCCGGCUACCAAGGGUGGGCCGUGUUCGUGGACUGCGACUUCCUCUACCUCGCCGACGUCGCCGAGCUCGCCGCCCUCGCCGACGACCGCUACGCCGUCAUGUGCGUCCACCACGAGUACGCCCCCAAGGAGACCGUGAAGAUGGACGGCGUGGUCCAGACGACGUACCCGCGGAAGAAUUGGUCCUCUAUGGUGCUCUACAACUGCGGCCACCCCAAGAACGUGGCGACUCUGACGCCAGAGACGGUGAGCACCCAGACCGGCGCCUUCCUCCAUCGCUUCCAGUGGCUCGACGACGCCGAGAUCGGGGAAGUCCCCUUCGUGUGGAACUUCCUGGUGGGGCACAACAAGAUGGUGGAGGGUGACCCGGCGACUUAUCCCAGGGCUAUCCACUACACGACCGGCGGCCCCUGGUUCGAGGCCUACAAGGACUGCGACUUCGCCGAGCUGUGGUUGCAGGAGUUGGAGGAGCUCGAGAAGGAGGCGGCCGCCCCGAAGCCCCUGGAAUCCACGCCCAUCUCGGCGGCCUGUCAGCCCGUCCUGGAGGCCUCGGCUCUUUAG